AGGUGGGAGAGCAGCAUUGGCUUUGGGAGACACGACUAAGAGAAGGUGGCUUUAACGUUGUGAGAAGCGUAACUGUGUCAUUCACAAGACGUUCCAUCACCAUAUCAUUUUUUUUCUUCAUUGGUAACGACGUUCAAACUCCAAGGAAUACAGAAUUUAUUGAGUAAACAUCUGGGACAUAGAAAUCUCUCGCGUCCCACCCAAUUGUGUGACUGCGACUUGGGAAUAGUGAUCUAUUUUCCUGACAUAACUAUACGGAGAGUGUUCUCUCUUUUUUUUGUUAGAAAAGAGAAGAGGAAUAAAAAGCAACAAAAAAAAAGGAACUAACGUAAGGGUUUCACCAAACAAAGACGACGUCGAAGAAAGUGGACUGCUGCUGUUUUUGUUAUUCUAUGAGCUAUUCAUUCAGGACCGUGUGCUGGUAUAUCUUGAAACCCAGGUGAAAAAAAACAAAACAAAAGAAACAAAAGAAACAAAAACAUCAAACUUCUGCCGGAUAGAAAGCUAGAAAAAGUUCUACAUCUCAAAACAUCGGAGACGUAGCAAGCUGAAGUGUGUCCGACACCAUGCAGACCUUACGCGCGUCAACCUACACACUGGCCCGGGUCGUGACUCUCCUGGUUUUGAUCCAAUGUAAGCCAUUGUGACUAUGCUCUACUCAUUAUUGUAAUGGUGUCCAUUCAUUCAUUAAGUUAAUUUAAUUACAUGUUACCAAUUGUUUUAUUUAAGCUGGGUUGAAAAGUUUAUGUUUAAUCUCCAGUCCUUACAAAAUUGUUACAGUAUAUUUUUAAAAAAUGUGUAAAUUCAUGGGGUUAAAGAAAUACAUGACAUAACCAUUUGUUAAGACAUUCAGUGUAUAAUUCAUGCACUGAUUGUUUUAAGGGGAACCGUAACGUACGCAUGCGAAGAUAAAGAUGUAAUAGCAACUUCUUGAAAUACGGUCAAAACAAUGUUUCCUUUAAGCUGCGCGGCCGCGCAGUAAUCUCACAGACGCCGCGCAGCAGUUUUGAGUACCGCGCAGCUAAUUUCCACUUAAGGGUGUGUUUGUGUCUGUAGGCUGUAAAAUUUGCGCACAAAAAAAUUGAUGCUGUAAAAAUUUGCACCAAAAAAAAAAAUUAUGAUUUUGCACGCGAACCAACAAACCUUAGAGGGGAACAGUGGAUCUAAACUAAAUCAAAAUAUUAAAAAGGGACGAGUUGUUUUUUGUGUGGUUUUUUUCAACACCGAGUAAAUGAUAGAAGUAAAUUCAUUGAAAUAUUUCAUCCAAUGGCCAGGUAAAUUGUGACACUAUCCCACCACCCCCACCCCCCACCUUCCAACCGGCCUAAGCUGUGUGUAUGUGUGUGCUUAAGUGAAAGAGUCUGAGUCUGUUUUGAGAGAAUGUCUUGUAUUUGAGUCUGUGGUCAUGGAUGUGAUGGCGUGCUGAGAAAAGUUCGGCCUCUUAAGGCCGUUGGUCAUUUUUUCCCUCACAAGGCUCGGAUUUUAUCUAAUUUUUUUUUAAACAAUCUCCCCAGUGAGUACCAGCGAGAGAUGUGGAUAUCGGGUGUUCUCAAGCGGCUCAAAGACGCGCCACAGACUCCACGACGAAUAUUUGCCGACUGAAAUCGUUUUCAAAGAAUGCCCCUGGGGCUGUUGUUGGGACCAGAAGGAAAACGUCUGCUGUUUAUUCCCGUAAGGACAAUGUCAUUAUAGUAAUCAUAUUAUAAAUAAAUAGGUCAUCAUAGUUCAUUGUUUUUAUUUUUAAUUUAAGAUCUUUUGAGGAAUAAUAUUAAAAAAUGUAUUUAAACUAUAAAUUUGUAUUGAACAAAACAAAAACAAAAAGAGAAAGAAAAUCAAUUUCAUAUGUAUUUCAAUGUCUCUCCGUUAUGUGUAUAAAUUUAUAGAUUUAAAAAUUCGUGACGUGAGAUUAUUUUUUUAGAAAAUAUAUUGCAAGGGAAUUAAAAUAUUUGUUUCAAAUUUGUUUCUUCUUCGACAGGAUGGAUGUGGUCGUGUUUGCCUUCAUUGCGACCCUUGCGGCUAUCGUCGUCGUGACACUUGUGAUCAUCUUGCUCUGCUACGUGCACGUCAGGAGAAAUAGGAACGCGAUCGAUCCCAGCAGUCCUGUUGUCAGACAGAGUGAGUACCUAAAAGAGAACCUGCUUUCUGUCGUGUAGCCCCCAAGCCCAGAAUGGUAUCGUGGCUAAGACAUGUCGGGAAGAAAAAAAAUAGUGUGCAUUCCACGAUGUCAUUUUGUUGUGGCUUUUUGGAAAAGCAAUGAGAUCUCACAGGUUCAAUCCGGCUUGCGGAGUAAAAGCCUUUUUGGGAGAAUCAAAGGUACGUCGGGCAUAGCUAUCAGAGGUACGGCGGGCACAGCUAUCGGAGAUACGGCGGGCACAGCUAUCAGAGGUACGGCGGGCACAGCUAUCAGAGGUGCGGCGGGCAUAGCCAUCGCCAACCCACUGCGUGUUGCAGCUCUGCACUCUACAUUAGCCCCAACAAGAUCAGUAGCACAUGGAGCCCCAAAGGUCAAGGGAUGACGUUCGUAGAUCUCAAAAUACAAAGUGUUGUUGAUUCGAACUGUGCCUUCACCAAAUCUAUCAGAAGCGCGCAAAAUAGACAAUGGACAUAUGAUUAGGAUGAUGUGGUUGUUGGUUUUUUUUUGGUGGUAGUAUUUUUUGGUGGGUGAUUAUUCGGGAUCAAGAAAAUGGUUUAAGACAAUAUGGCGUUCGGUUGUUGGGUGCUUUCAACAAAAUAGACAGGCUGAUCAAAUAGACAGGCUGAUCAAAUAGACAGGCUGAUCAAACAGACAGGCCGAUCAAACAGACAGGCCGAUCAAAUAGACAGGCUGAUCAAAUAGACAGGCUGAUCAAAUAGACAGGCUGAUCAAAUAGACAGGCUGAUCAAACAGAGCGGCCGAUCAAAUAGACCGGCUGAUCAAAUAGACAGGCUGAUCAAAUAGACAGGCUGAUCAAAUAGACAGGCUGAUCAAACAGACAGGCCGAUCAAACAGACAGGCCGAUCAAAUAGACAGGCUGAUCAAAUAGACAGGCCGAUCAAAUAGACAGGCUGAUCAAAUAGACAGGCUGAUCAAACAGACAGGCCGAUCAAAUAGACAGGCUGAUCAAACAGACAGGCUGAUCAAAUAGACAGGCUGAUCAAAUAGACAGGCUGAUCAAAUAGACAGGCUGAUCAAAUAGACAGGCUGAUCAAACAGACAGGCUGAUCAAAUAGACAGGCUGAUCAAACAGACAGGCCGAUCAGCCUCGAAUAGAACUAGGCGGAUGGAAGAAUUGUGUUAUUUUAAUUUCAAAUAUGUGAUAUUCUUUGUGGUUUUUAGUCUCAAAUAGUUGAUAGUUUAUUUUGAUCUCGUAUUUGUGAUAAGUUGUGAUAAGUUGUGAUAAGUUGUGACAAGUUAGCUGAAGAUAACUAUUGUUUGGUCUCAUUGGUUGUUAUUGUUGAUGUAUUUUUUAAAUGAAAAUAAGAAAAAAACAUUUGUAUUUGACGUGGUCAAUAAUUGUUAAAAUAAAAUGCAAGCACAUGUCCUAAUUAAGCACAACGGUCAUCGAAGUUUCUAGUCGUCAUUGAACAGAACAAUUUAUUGAACAUUUUUUAUUUAUAUUCCUAAUGUUUAAACAAAUUUGAAAACACUAAUGAAAUAUGCACAUAUAGAUCUCAAUGUAUAUAAAUAAAAUACACACAUAUAUAUAUAUAUAUACAAACAUCCCAUUGGUGCUACAGCCCAUGUAGGGCUUUGGCCUAGCUCACCACUUCCUACCACUCAGACCUAAAUAAUGAUUUUAUGUAUAUAUAUAUAUAUAGAGAGAGAGAUUGUUUUAAAUACAAUAAUUUCAAAUUCCUAUAAAUGUUCAACAUCACCCAUGUUUUCAGACUUUUCAUGCGCUUGCCAUAACAUAAACCUGGUGUGUGUUUGUAACGCAAUUCAGUCGUUUUUUUUUACCUUUAAAGUUGUCAUGUGCUUAAAGCAAAUGUUGUGGUCUAAAAUGUUUGCUGGUAUCUUCAUGUGUAUCUGUUUAUCUUACACAGGGGAGCUAGGCCAUCCUUAUGACUUCAUCUAUCCUAAGCACUAUCAUUACACGCUUAUCUACUACGGAUAUCCGGAGAACGUUGUAUCCACCAUGACAUGAUGUGCCGGACACUCGUAGUGACCAUGAUAAUCAGGACAAAUGUGUGGUCAAUUAUGGGCGUGACCAUGAUAUACAGGACAGAUUUAUGGUGAAUUGUGGGCGAACUGAUUUUUGAGAACAUUGCAUAGGUCAAUCGUCAAUAUUCCAAAAAAUAAAAUAAAAUAGAAACAGCAUGUCCAUUCCUGCAACACACUAACGUACUAGCCAGACUGGCUUAUGUGUGACUAAGAGAGCCCUAACUUAAUAGCCAGACUGGCUUAUGUGUGACUAAGACGGCCCUAACUUAAUAGCCAGACUGGCUUAUGUGUGACUAGGACGGCCCUAACUUAAUAGCCAGACUGGCUUAUGUGUGAUUAAGACGGCACUAACUUAAUAGCCAGACUGGCUGAUGUGUGACUAAGACGGCCCUAACUUAAUAGCCAGACUGGCUUAUGUGUGACUAGGACGGCC